AUGGAGAAGGAGACGAAGGAAGACGACGAGCUCCUAUACCCUACUGAAUUCUUGAACUCUCUCAAGUUUCCAGGUUUGCCAGAUCACUACUUAACACUGAAAAUUGGCUCACCGGUUAUGCUCAUCCGAAAUAUGAAUCAAAAGGAGGGACUUUGCAAUGGAACAAGGCUAAUAGUCACCCAUUUGGGGGACAGAGUAAUUGAAGCAGAGAUCUUAACAGGAACGAGAGUUGGGAAGAAGGUGUUAAUCCCCCGUAUUAUACUUUCGCCCCCUUAUUCUAAAUGGCCAUUCAAACUAAAGAGACGACAGUUCCCCUUGAGAUUGUGCUACGCAAUGACUAUUAAUAAAAGUCAGGGGCAAAGUCUUAAGAAGGUUGGACUGUAUCUUCCGAAACCUGUUUUCAGUCAUGGCCAAUUAUAUGUGGCAUUAUCAAGAGUGACAUCAGAAGCAGGAUUAACGAUUCUAAACAUCCAAACUACAAAAGAGAUGGCAAACACAAUCAAAAACAUUGUAUACAGAGAAGUUUUCAACAAUAUCCCAAAGACGACAUGA